AUGCUAACAAAACAAACUGUCGCGAAAAGACUCAAUCACCGAACUUUUAAUCAAAUCAUAGUGUACGUGUUGUUCUAUUGCCAUGCCAUCGAAAGGAGCUUCUCGGCCGAAAUGCCCCACGAGUGCGCGUUCCGCAGUUUUGAGACGGAAACGUCGGAGAAUACGGUACUUUUCUGUAAAAUCCGAACUAUAAGUAGUUUGGAUAACUUGUUGCAAAAUAUCAGUAGGACGCAUUAUGACGACGUCGUAUCGUUACAAGUACAGUGCAGUGAGAUUUUGUUUUUUGAAAGCACUCUGACUGCUCACACGGACAAAUCGCCAGGAAAACAUACAGGUCUGUCAAAACUAAGAGAUCUCAUGAUAGACAAGUGCAAGAUACGCCAAAUACCGGAGCGUGCUUUUGAAAGUUUCAAAGACCUGAAACAUCUGCAUGUGACAACUUAUAACAGCGAGUGGUCUGCAAUGACAAUGGAGUUACAUGAACAAGCGUUUGCUGGAUUAAACGAGUUGAUCGAACUCAAUCUAAGCGACAACAACAUUUGGAGCACUAAAACAGAUACUUUCUGUACAUUGUAUAGUUUGAAAAAUUUGAACCUUAGUAAUAAUCAUUUACAAAAUAUUAAAACUGUUGGAUUUUCAGAUUCACGAAGAGAACAAAAUUUAAGCGUAAAAAGUUGUAAUUUAGUCAUAGAAGUUCUUGAUAUGUCUCAUAACGACUUGAUUGUUCUAACUGACAAUUGUUUAUCAAAAUUACGUUCUUUGUCGAAAUUGUUGUUACAAAACAAUGCGAUAUCUACCCUAGAAGAUGGUGCCUUUGAAGGAUUGCUCAGUCUACAGGUUUUAAAUUUAUCAAGUAAUUUUUUGAAUACUAUUCCCCCAGAUAUUUUUCUGGACACAAAGACUUUGAAAGAGAUAAACUUCAGUAACAAUACUAUUAAUACCAUACCACCCGGUUUGUUUGAUGGAUUAGAUCAAUUACAAAUACUAGAUUUGUCUCAUAAUGAACUUACUAGUCAGUGGAUAAAUAAGGGCACAUUUAUAGGAUUACUGCGUAUGGUUAUUCUUAACUUAUCAUAUAACAAUUUAAAUAGGAUAGACCGACACAUGUUUCAAGAUUUAUAUAGUUUACAAAAACUAAAUUUAGAACAUAAUGAAAUUACUUCGAUAGAUGAGCAUGCAUUCGGAGAGUUACGAAACUUACACUCUCUGACACUUUCGAAUAACAAACUUGUACACAUUCACACACAUUUGUUUACAGACCUACACGUGUUACAUGAGUUGUUUAUUGAUAAUAAUAAGAUAAAACAAAUUGAGGAUAACGCUUUCGAAAAUAUGACGGCUAUCGAGGACUUAGGAUUAAAUGAUAAUUUUUUGUCUGUUAUUCCCUCUGCUAUCCACAAACUUCGAUCACUGAAAUCUUUAGAUAUCGGCAACAAUAAUAUAACACAUUUAAAUAGGGAUAACUUUCGAGGACUGCCCGAACUUUAUGGCCUUCGCUUAGUGGAUAACAAAGUCACAUAUUUGAACGAAGAUACUUUUGAACAUUUGCCACAACUUCAGAUACUCAAUUUAGCAUCUAAUAAAAUAAAACAUGUCACACCUGGUUGUUUUCGAAAAAAUAUUAACUUAAAACUGCUUCGAAUGGAUGGUAACGAAAUAAUGAAAUUUGACGGGAUUUUUAACACCUUAAGUAAUUUGAUUUGGCUUAAUAUGUCCGCAAAUAAAAUUUCUAACUUUGAUUUUAAAAGUAUUCCUAGUAACUUAGAGUGGUUAGAUUUGCAUAAAAAUUACAUAGAAAACUUUGUAAAUGACGAUAUGUAUACAAAUGUAAAUAUAAAAAUACUAGAUUUAAGUUACAAUAAUAUUACUGACAUUGUAGUGACUUCCAUACCAAAAUCUGUAGAAAAACUUUAUUUAAAUGACAAUAACAUACAGAAUAUUCAAGUCGGUUCAUUCUCUAAACUACAAAAGUUAUCAGUUGUGACAUUAAAUAAUAACAAACUGGUACAACUUGACAUGAAUGCGUUUAGGUUAGAUCAAAUAGAUGAAGAUAGUGACUUACCAGAGUUCUUUAUAAGCGGCAACCCAUUUGUUUGCGAUUGUUCAAUGGAAUGGAUUCAGCGUAGCGUAUACUUGACUCAUAGUCGACAAUACCCGCGUGUAUUAGAUUUAGAUAAAACUUUAUGUACGUUGGUCCAUUCACGCACUAAGGAAAAAAAAAUGAUAAUCGACAUGUUACCUUCCGACUUUCUCUGCCCGUACGAAAGUCAUUGUUUUGCUCUUUGUCAUUGUUGUGAGUUUGUUGCAUGUGACUGUGAAAUGAUUUGUCCAAAUGACUGUAGAUGCUAUCACGACAUUACAUGGAAUGCGAACGUUGUAGACUGUUCCAAUGCCGGCUACACAGAGGUACCCGAACGGAUUCCGAUGGACGCAACCGAAAUAUAUUUAGAUGGAAAUCACAUCAGCCAUCUGGGAAAUCAUGUAUUUAUAGGUAAAAAGAAACUUCAAGUUUUGUAUUUGAACAACACAAAAUUGAAAGAAGUAAAUAAUCAAACUUUCAAAGGUGUUGAUUCACUAAGAGUUUUGCAUUUGGAAAAUAAUAAACUCGUUGAGUUGAAAGGAGAUGAGUUUCUACACUUGAAGAAUUUAAAUGAGCUAUAUUUAGAUCACAAUUCCAUAGUACAUGUUGCAAAUAACACUUUUUCUUCAUUGAAGUCUCUUUCGGUUCUUAGAAUUGAUGACAACAAACUUGUUAACUUUUUCCCUUGGAAAUUAUUGGCUUCGUCUUCCAAAAGUUUAGCUCAUGUAUCUAUUGAAGGUAACCAAUAUUCUUGUGACUGUAAAAGUAUAGCUGAAUUAGAUUCGUGGCUUAGGAGGGAUCCGGGAGACCCGGAGAAAAUGUUGUGUACAGAUACAGGAGGAAAACCAACUAAAAUUACUAUUGCUUCGGUAUUGAGCCAUUGUAAAGAAUAUAUGGGAUCAAUAGGCGACCCAACAGUAUCUAGAGAUGAAAUCGUUUCUAAGUCAGUAUUUCUACCUAAUAAUUACUUUGCGGUUUUAUGUGGAGUAAUUAUCAUUCUCGUGGUAAUUUGUCUUAUAGGUGCUAUUUUCUAUGCUUUCCGAUAUGAACUUAGUGAUUGGUUAUACACUAAAUAUGGUGUGCCUCUGUUCAAAGAACAGUCUUGUCCAAAUGUGGAUCAUGUGUUGGAAAGCAAUCCGAAUCAUAUGUAUGAAUACUACGUGAUAUGUAAUACCAAAGAUACAAACUUUGUUUAUCAUAAUAUUAUGUCUGAGAUAGAGUUCAGAAAAAUGUCAUGUAAAAAAAUUUCCACAAAUGAGGCUUCGCUAAACAUUCUUACAUUAGAGAGCUUUUCCAAAUCAUCCAAAUUAUCUAAACGGCUUAUAAUAGUUUUGACAAAUAAUUUUAUUUGCAAUGAUCUCUGUGACAUUCAUUUCAAAAAUAUGUUUUUCAGUUAUUUAAAAUCUCUAAAUCGUAGUGACUUUAACAAAGUAUUAAUAAUCAAAGUCGCAGAAAACAAUCAAUUAAGCGAAGAACUAUGUUUUGUGUUGGAUAAGUUUAGGAGCAUAUCGUGGAACGAUCCACGUUUUUGGGACAGGUUCAUUGCUUUACUAAAUUCGACUGACACUAUUAUCACAGUCAAAGGCUCUGAAAAGAGCGUAUUCAAGAAGUCUUUACGACAGACUCCGACUUUAAGAUACACAACAAUGCCCGUUACAAACGAUAAUUGCUCAAAGCAGAAUUUUACACAUUCCUUGCAGUAUUGUAAGAGAAACGAUGGGGAAUCAUCUCAGAAUGAAAGUUCUCCGUCGUCGGACAACAACACAUACGGAGAAGGGAACAACUCGAACAAUAGCUACAUGUCGAUUGACAAUAGAACUUGUCCUCGGUUUAAUUAUGACCUAAGGCUGUCCCCUAGCACUGGUCACGUAUAUUCUAGGGUAGAUGAUAUUUCGCCGACAGUACCACGGUCCAUAACCGGGAGUGCUUCCAAUAAGGGGCGCACGUACUAUGUAUAA